CGUGGCGCUCUGUUUCGUCAUUUAAACGCGACAGAGCUGUUGCACGUGAGCUCGAGCAGACGCUGUUUAACGUUUGAAGUUGAUGAAGUGAUCAGAGUGCAGAGAUGGAGAGAAAAGAAGGAGACGAGGAGAGGAACACUACAGCUAGGAGAGAAGAGGAGGAGAAGGGAGCAGAUGCAGACAUGGAUGAUGAUGAUGAUGAUGAAAAAGAUGAUGGAGAUGCUGCUGGGAUGAAGAAGACCCAACAAAAAGAUGUUGGAGUGACUUCCUGUUCAAACCGGAAGUGUGUUCCAGGUAUUAUCUACCUGGGUCACAUUCCUCCGAGGCUCCGUCCCAAGCACCUGAGGAACCUGCUGUCAGUUUUUGGAGAGAUCGGACGAAUAUUCCUGCAACCCGAAGAUGGUCAGGUGAGGAGGAGAAAGAGGAAGUCUGGUUUGAGGAGGUGUGAUUUUACUGAAGGAUGGGUGGAGUUCAGAGAUAAACGAGUGGCAAAGAGAGUGGCAGCGUCUCUCCACAACACACCAAUGGGAACCAGGAAACGCCAACGCUUCUCCUCCGACCUCUGGUGCAUCAAGUACCUGCACAGGUUCCAGUGGACUCAUCUGAGUGAGCGGCUGGCCUACGAGCAGACAGUUCUGCAGCAGAGACUAAGGACUGAAGUCUCUCAGGCGAAGAGAGAGACAAACUUUUACCUUAACAAUGUGGAGAAGAGCGCUCACCUGGACAACCUGAGGAGGAAAAGACAGAGAGAUGGACAACAGGUGGACGAGAAGAUGUGGGACUUCACUCAGCGGCAGACAGAGGAAGAGAUCCAGAUGAAGAAGAAGAAGAAGAAAGACUCCAUUACUGAGAAGCACCAGGACAAGGCCCGCCUCAUACAGCAGAAGAGCCAAUCAAAUGUCUCAUUGCUGACCAGGAUUUUCAACUCCAACCAAACAGACUGACAGAAAAAAGGCAGGUGAUUGGCUGUUUUGAGAGGACUGUUUCGAUAGAAACACUAAGCAGAUUGUGAUGAACUGGUGCUGACACACCCACCUUCACCAGCCAAUCACAGGCCAGUCUGACCUGGGAGCGGAACCGUCAGAGCAGCCAGCUGAUCUGAUUGACCAAUCAUCCAUCAGAUCAUCUGAUUGAAUAAUCUGAUUGGAGUUAACUGCUGUUUGAGCAGAUUUUCUUCAGUUUAUAAAACCCAUUAAUGUUUUCAGAAUUCUGUACCUAAUGACUUAAUGAGCUCGUUAAGUCUUCUGUACUUGAUUUAUCAAGCCUAAAUCUUCUGUACUUCUGUACUUAACAUGCACGUUAAUGUGGAUACAGAAGAGGUAGCUCCUCAAGCUUUCUGUACCCGCCUUAACAAGCUCGUUAACGCUUCUGUAACCGCCUAAAUGAGUUUGUUAGAAUUUGUGUUUGAUAAUAUCAGUACGUGUUUUUCAGAUUAAUUAUUGUCUUUUUGUGAACGUUUGUAAACUGCUGUAAUAAAAGUCAUUUAACUGUUUA